ACGCGGAAAUUGUUUACUCGGGAAGCGAGCGCUCGUUUGAGCUGCGUUUCGAGUGGAAAAUAAAUCAGUGUUGUUCCGUUUUUUUAGGAUUAUAUAAAGUGUUUUAUAUUAACGGUAGCUGGUCGGGAUGGGAAAAGCAGAUUUUCUUUCCCCCAAGGCGAUAAGCAACCGAAUAAAGGCCAAAGGUCUCCAGAAGUUGAGAUGGUAUUGUCAGAUGUGUCAGAAACAAUGCAGGGAUGAGAAUGGAUUCAAGUGUCACUGCAUGUCCGAGUCCCACCAGAGGCAGCUCCUGCUGGCCUCCGAGAACCCCAUCAAAUUCAUGGACUACUUCUCAGAUGAGUUCAAAAGCGACUUCAUCGAGCUGCUCAGAAGACGAUUUGGUACCAAGCGUGUGCACAACAACAUCGUCUACAACGAGUACAUCAGCAACAGGGAGCACGUCCAUAUGAACUCCACGCAGUGGGAGACUCUCACCGACUUCACCAAGUGGCUGGGCAGAGAAGGGUUGUGCAAAGUUGACGAGACCCCCAAAGGCUGGUACAUCCAGUACAUCGACCGCGACCCAGAGACCAUCCGCCGCCAAGAGGAGCAGGCGAGGAAGAAGAAGCAGGAGCUUGACGAUGAGGAGAGGAGUGCCAGGAUGAUUGAGGAGCAGGUCCGCAGAGGCCGCGAUGGCAAGGACACAGAUGAAGCUCCAGUCUACACAGAGCUCAAACGUGAGAGCGAGGAAGAAAAAGUUGCUUUCAACCUGGGUGCCUGUUCUUCUGUCGCCGGCCCCUCGAAAUCAAGUUCUGUUCUGGGUGCUAGUGCUCUUAAAGCAUCAUCGUCGUCGUCAUCCUCAGUGAAAAGGAAAGACUCCGGUUCAGACUCCAGAGGGGAGAAGAAGAAGAAGAAGUCAGCUUUGGAGGAGAUCAUAGAGAUGGAGAAGAAGAAGCAGCAGCAGCAGCAGCAGUCGGUCAGAACAGAUUACUGGCUGCAGCCCAACAUCAUAGUAAAAGUCAUCACCAAAAGACUUGGGGAGAAAUACCACAAGAAGAAGGCUGUGAUUGUGGAAGUACGAGAGAAAUACACUGCAGUCGUGAAAAUUAUCGACUCUGGAGACAAACUUAAACUGGACCAGAAUCACUUAGAGACAGUUAUACCUGCACCAGGUAAAGAGGUCUUGAUCCUGAAUGGUCCUUACAGAGAUACGGAGGCCGUGCUGGAGGGGAUUGACGAAAAAAAUUUCAGUGCUACCCUCACACUUAACUCUGGUCCUCAGAAAGGAACGAGCGUGGACGUCGCUUAUGAGGAUUUCUCAAAACUGGCCUGAAUGAGCAAAUCCCCUGUUUAAAUCUCAGGUAGCCUUUUGGCUGAAGAACUCUAUGUCAGACUUAAUUCCCCAAGAUUCACCUGUACAUAUAUAUAUAUAUACGUAUCCCACAAUUCACCUACUUGAAGAUCCAGAAGAACUUGGAGCAAUGC